AUGGAGGAAAGUGUUUUUGUUUCUAAAAAAUUAAAUGAACUUGAUGGUGAUGAUUAUUUGAUGGUUGAAAAAUUACUAAAUUUGCGUUCUGAGUCUUUAGCUAAUCAAUUCAAAGAUGAUGUGUCUCGUGUUUUUCGUUCGAACAACAAUGAUUCUAGGUCUGUUUGUUGCAACAAUGAUUCUAGGUCGAAAAUAAGAAUCCAGCAACCAAAGACAAAUGAUUGUGGCAGUGGCAGUCUUAAGUUUUGUAUGCUUGAAUCAAAGAAUCACGAGGUUGCUGCUUGUAGACGCGAUGAGCGUGUUGGCAAAAUGAUUCUCAAGAUAAGAACAAGUGAUCUAUCGGCAAGAGUUGAUUUUGUUGGCAAUGUUGGUACAAAGAAUAAUGAGGCGGCUUCCGAGAAAAGUUUGUCCGAUGAGGGUUCGGAGAAGAAACACAAUCAUGAGGUUGUUGCUUGUAGGCACGAUGAGAGUGUUGGGAAAAGGAUUAUCAAGAUAAGAACAAAUGAUCGAUCGCUGAGAGUUGAUUUUGGCAAUCUUGAUCUAAAGAAUCAUGAGGCGGCUGCCGAGGAAACUUCAUCCGAUGAGGGUUCCAAGAAGGAGAUGAAGAAAAGAAAAGCUACGGAUGAAAGAUCAAGCAAACCGUCAAAGAAACGCAAGAACCCCAAAAACAACAAUAAUGUUAAUGACCAGAUAGAAGAAGAGUACCCUGAGCUUCCAUUGGCAUUUAAAGAAAAGAUUGAACAAAUGGAAGGUAGUGAGGUGAAGUUGGUGAUCCAGAAGAAACUAACCGCGAGUGACGUGACCAAAAGCAAAAGCCGCUUCUCCAUUCCAAUAAAGAAGAUGAUUAAAGAUUGUAAUUUUUUGAGACCAGAAGAGGAAUCGUCUUUGGAUUAUGCGCGUCAAAAGAAAACAGAUGGGAAGAAGCUUGAUGGUAUGUUAGUCUCCGUGUUGGAUCCGAAUCUUAUACUCCACGAUGGUAUUUGCUUCAAGAAGUGGAAAAUGGCGAAGAAUAAUGAGAUUUACAAUCUCACAAAAAAAUGGAACCAUCUUGUAGCAAAAAACUGUUUCAAAGAAAAGGAAAAGGUGCAACUCUGGUCUUUUAGAAGCCAUAAAAAACUCUACUUUGCACUCGUCAAGCUCCAGCCAAGAUCGAUUAGUCAAUGA